AUGGCAACGUCUACAGCAGUCAAGACCGUCACCGUGGACUCCGGCGUCGAGGUCUUUUAUCGCGAGGCACACCCUGCCUCCGCCAAGGACAUCGGCGCUCUUCCCGUCCUGCUGCUCCUUCACGGCUUCCCCUCGUCGUCGUUCCAAUACCGCAACCUCAUCCCGCGGCUUGCCACCAAGUACCGCGUCAUCGCCCCCGACUUCCCCGGGUACGGCUUCACGGUCGUCCCCGAGGCGCGCAAGUACGAGUACACCUUCGUGUCGCUCGCGAACACGACCGCCGCGUUCGUGGACGCGCUCGGGAUCAAGAAGUUCGGCAUGUACGUCUUCGACUACGGCGCCCCCACGGGCUUCAGGCUCGCGCUGCAGCGCCCCGACGCGGUGACUGCGAUCAUCUCGCAGAACGGGAACGCCUACGAAGACGGCUUCGGAGAGCAGUUCUGGGCGCCGAUCAAGGCCGUGUGGGCCGACCCGUCCGCCGCGAACUUGCAGAAGCUCGCGGGCCUGAGCUCCUUCGAGACCACCAAGUUCCAGUACGUCGACGGCGCGCCGAACGCGUCGGUGAUCCCUCCCGAGACGUUCAACCUCGACUACUACCUCAUGACCCGGCCGGGCAACGGCGAGGUGCAGCUGAAGUACAUCAUCGACUACAAGACCAACGUCCCGCUGUACCCCAGGUUCCACGAGUACUUCCGCGAGCGCCGCCCGCCCAUCCUCGCGAUCUGGGGCAAGAACGACACGAUCUUCGUUCCCCCGGGUGCCGACGCCUUCAAGCGCGAUCAGCCGGACGCGGUCGUCAAGUUCGUCGACGGCGGCCACUUUGCUCUGGAGAGUGCGCUGGACGAGAUCGCCAGUGAGAUCCUAGCGUUCCUCGCCAAGAAUGGCAUUUAG